AAUCAAAAGGAGAAAUACGAAGACUACCAAACUACGGUCAGCCUAUGAGUACUGGAGUCUGGAGGCGACGCUCAUUUAUAUAAAAUAAUAACUAUAUUUGUUUACAGAUAUAAUUUACAGACAAAAAAACAUACGAAUUUGGCUGGGAAAAUCAAAACCCUAACCCCGAGACGCAAUCCAAUUCGAUCGAAUCCCCGGUCCUAGAGGUAUUGCUGAGUUGAUUUGGUCCAACGAAUUAGUACUAUUAUCUCAUUUAUCUGGAACAUAGAUUUUUUUGGUGUCAUAAAUUUAGUCUGACCACUAUAACUCAUGGAGCUCAAAGUUUCAUCUCUGAAGCCAGCACUUUCAACUUCUGAUAGUGACAGUGAUCCUGAAGAAAAAGAAAUCAGUGAAGAGGAUGAUGAUGAUCGUAAUCAUAAGCACCGUAGGAAGGGGGCACGUUCCCAAUCUGUUGAGAUGGAUCCUUAUGAACCAGUUUUGACCAGACCUUACAGGAAACACAAGCCCUUUGAAAAUGGACACCUUUACCGGGAAUCUGAUUCUGCCACUUUUGAAAAAGGACAGACCACGAGAUUCGAAAAAAGACGAGGCAUGAAUUCAUUUUCCAGAGCCCCACAAAUUGCAAACCAAAGAAUAACACCGAACUUACUGUCUGGAGACUGUAGAGGUCGAGGAAGGGAACCAGGUGUUUGGUUCCAGCGUGAUUUGAGGUUCAGCUCAGUUGAUAUUGUGCCUCAACCGAUUCAACAAGGCUCCACUGCACCUAGUUUUUUCGCUGGAAGAGGCAUGCCUAAUGCUUCCCAUGCACAAAGUUCAUCUUGGGCGGCAUUUGGAAUGGUUCCUGGUGUCCCUAAUACUGGUCUGGAUAUACUGCAUCCCCAUGGUUUACAAGGUACACUUAUGGCACCGUUGAACCCCUCAAUAGGUAUGGGAAUACCCCGGCAAAGAUGUAGAGAUUUUGAGGAGCGUGGAUUUUGCCUAAGAGGAGACAUGUGCCCGAUGGAGCAUGGGGUCAAUCGAAUUGUUGUUGAAGAUGUUCAGAGCCUUUCUCAGUUUAAUCUCCCUGUAUCGGUUCCUUCUGCACACCUGAUGGGAACAGUUGGUGGACAAGGAGCUCUACCUGCAGUUGGUCCUUCUGGUUCAUUGAUCAAUUGCAAAGCUCUACAUAAAGGUGGCAAGCCUGGAAUGACUGAGGAAGGAUUAGGCUUGAAUGGUGCACUUGUGGGAAGUUCUCUGGCUGGGGUAGCUGAUGUUUAUGAUCCUGAUCAGCCUUUAUGGACAAGUGAUCAUCAUGAGAAAUCAGCUGCAGUCCUUGGAGUUAAUCCACCAAGUGUUGAUGAAACUGGGGAUUUGGUGGAUGUGAAAUGUGAUCACGGUCGGGUUGGGCUGUCUGAUGGCAAUGAUAUUGAGCACCCAAUUAUAAGCAGUGGGGCUGCUACUGAAUCUCAAGGUGCUAUGGGAAGAAUUGGCAGUUCAAACAAUAAAGCACAAGUCAAGGAGAAGAUUGAUUUCACUGUAGAUGCUUUAAGUCAUCUUGAUUAUGAAGCAAAAAAAGGUCUAGAUUCAUCAAGUAGCAUUGAAUGUGCAUUCCGUCAUGGGAAACAUAUAGAUUCUGAAAAUACUGACCCACACAUGACAGAAUUGUCUUUUAAGUCACAAAGUAAUAUUGGACGCAAUAUAAAAAAAUCUUCUCAAAAGGCAAUUCGAACUCUCUUUGUUAAUGGCAUCCCACAAAAGGACAACAAAAGGGAAGCUCUUUUUUCUCAUUUUCAAAAAUUUGGAGAGAUAAUUGACAUUUAUAUCCCACUGAAUAGUGAUCGAGCUUUUGUCCAAUUUUCUAAGAGAGAAGAAGCUGAGGCAGCUUUAAAGGCGCCUGAUGCUGUGAUGGGAAACCGUUUUAUCAAGCUUUGGUGGGCUAAAAGGGACCGUAUUACAGAAAAUGGAGUAAGUACUGGCAAUAAUACACAAAGACAUGCUGCUGGGGCGACACCAGCUUCAGUUUCAUCCCAUGUCUCUGUUGCUUAUAAAGGAAAAGAAAGUAUUCAAUCUGCAGUUCACAGAAGUUCUGUUGCUGCUCCACCUGCACCUGAUAAUCCUAAGCCUGUUAUUACUAAUGGUCCAAGGGCCCUGCCACCUUCGCAAAAGAAGCUGGAAAGUUUAGAAAUGUUAAAGGAAGAACUUCGUAUAAAGCAGGAGAUGCUUGAUCAAAAGCGUAAUGAGUUUCGGCGGCAAUUGGAUAAACUUGAGAAACAAGGUACAGUUCUCAAAGAUGAAGAUCAGGCUGCUAAGAGGCAAAAAACAGGAACAGUAGCUGAAUCCAUAAAAGUAGAAACUUUGAGCUUCGGUGAACCUGAUAUUACUGUUUCAUCACCAGAAUCUGAAGCAGUACCUGAUAGCAACAGCUCUGCUAAUAGUGCUGUUCUCUCAUGUUCGAACUCUGCUUCUACCAUGGCAACACCCCAACCUCCAGUCUCUAAACCAUCAUUCCGUCCGUUGGCACCUUUGGGGGCACCUUUCAACUUCAAUAGAUACAAACUGGACAACCGCCCUACUGCAUUCAAAAUCAACCCACCUAUUCCAACCGCUCUGGCAAACGUUGAUGUUCUGAAGGAACACUUCUCUGCUUUUGGUGAACUUGUGUCUGUGGAACUGGAAGAUGUGGAGGGGCAAAAUGAUGCGGACUCAUCCAAAUUAUCUGCACGAAUAUCUUUUGCAUCACGUCUUUCUGCUGAAAGAGCAUUUUUGAAUGGCAAAAGCUGGCAAGGCCAUAUUUUGCAGUUUAAGUGGCAGUUGCCCUCUAGUUCUAACAAAGUUGGUGGUGUCAAAGAAAAUGCCUUGACUAGCAAGGAUGUUGGAGUUGAAGAGGAAACCUUGACUGCCCGUUUACAGUCUUCAGAUACUAGUGUCCAUCCUCCUGCAAAAGAUGGCACCACCAUAAAUGCGGAUGCUACUGGGAGUGGUGAAAUUGAAAACACUGAAAAAUGUGAGAAUGAUCAAGAGGAUUUGAAUGUUGAUGAAGAUUCCAAGUCUAGUUCCAUGUUGAUGUCUGGUGAGAAACAAUCAGAGUGAGGAUGGUCUAAUUGUCAGUUGUACAGCGAGUUACAUUAAAAUAAUUCAGGUCUUUUAGAAAUUGUCAUUAUUCUAGUUUCAAAAAUUUUCUCCUCAUGUUGCAAAUGUAAAGAGGGAAUUUCCUGAUUUUACAUUCAAUUCUAUUAAUUGUAAGGUUGAUGUUGCAUAUAGGAAUAUCAAAAUUUCAGUGAAAUUGAUUUUUUUAUUUUCUUUAGAAAUUUCAA